AUGAGACAGGCACGGCUAUCCUCGCCAACGCAACAAGCAUUGGCAUUGUUUGCAGGCAUGCUGUUGCUUCUUCGUGCGAUUUCGUGCCGCACAAGCCGAUCUUCCGUUUGCUACUGCUUCUAGAUGGCAUUGUCUUGGGAUGCUGACGACGUCGAUCAGGCCACCCAGCUAAUCCACACAAUCGCUCGGGCUAGCUAUCCACAGAUCCAGGACAUCAUUGGCACGAGGGAGAGCGAAGAUGGCCAGGCAUACAACGCGCUGAAGAAUCUCUUCGACCAGACGCGCAAGGUGUACAGCCGCGACACUCCGUUUAUCGAUGCGAUUGCAAUUCAGAUGUUCCAGCCAAGCCAACAGGAAGUCAUCCGCAAAGCCAACAUUGCCACCUUGAUCUCCAGCAUCCUCGGCGCUCACGACGUCAGCUUCUUUCACCUUAAUGAAUUCUUCAUGGAGACUUUCGUUCCGCUAAGUCAUCGUUUACUUAAAUGGCAGGGCGCAAUAUUUCUUGAGCUGAAGACGCAGACAUACAUCUCCGCCCUGAUGAAUAGCAGCGACGGCACCCCAGACGCAAUGCUCGACGAGCUAUUCCCACAUGAUAUGGACGCACUUAUACUUACACGACAUCCGGAUGCACCGAGCUUGUCGCCUAGUGAGCAAGACUUCAUCGACCGGAGUAAGGCGCGGAAACACUACCUAUUGGAAGAAGGUGCCUCGGAGGAGGCAGUUCGUGAUUUACCGAAGAAGUAUCAGUGGAGCGAAUUUGUGCGGGAGUUUGCGUCGUGCAUCAGUAAGAAUGUAGAUGGCAUACUCAACGUGUCUACGUCACGCACGCAAGCUGGUGCCGGUAUUGACCGGCGAGGAACAUUAGCGGGUAGAGAAGCAAACGGUCUAGCGAAUGUACCCGCUGUUGAUGGCCUGGACGUGCCGACCCUACCUCCGCUGCUACAGCACACCAGCUCAGGCGAUAAGCGGCUCAAUGCACCUUCAACGACCGUCCGACAACCGUGGACAAAGGCCGAAGAAGCCGCGCUUAUAACCGGUCUGGACAAGGUGAAUGGCCCGCACUGGUCGCAGAUCCUAGCGCUGUACGGUCGUGGCGGUUCCGAGAGUGAGGUUCUCAAAGAUCGGAAUCAGGUGCAGCUGAAGGAUAAAGCGCGCAAUCUCAAGCUGUGGUACCUCAAGAUGGGCAAAGAAGUGCCCUUGCAGCUAAGGUCAGUCACUGGUGAGCUGCGGAAGCGUGGCGGUGCACGGGCGAGAGCUGCGCUUGGCUUGAUAGAUGAGCGACCAUCCCAGGAUGGUGGUGCUGAGGAGGAGGAUGCUGAUGCAGAGAACGCAGACGACGGAGACGAGGCUGAGGUGCAACAUGCUCCUAGGUCUUCAAGGAGAAAGAAGCAGGGUAGAAAGUGAGCUCAAGACUAAUCCGCAAUCGCAGCUCGCCCACUUACGUGCGCUGUCCAAACUCGAGCCUGACUACCGCCGCCAGGUAGGAUUGAGGUACGGGCAAAGUUACUAUCUAAGCAGACUUACCCGUAAGCGUGCACACAGUACUGGAGCACUGUGAACGGACCUGCCAAGAGAUGAGAUGGGCACGU